CGCAUGCGCGUUGGGCGGAACCCGGAGCUGCUGGGUGUCUCACUGACAGGAAUGAGCCUGAGGGAAUCCGCUCAGUGAUUUCUCCCUAGCGCCUUGUCCCGCCGCCGGGAUGGAGUUCGCCGAGCUGAUUAAGACUCCUCGGGUGGAUAAUGUGGUUCUACACCGGCCCUUCCACUCCCCGGUGUGGGGCACCCUCUGUCUCACCGGGCACCACCUCAUCCUCAGCUCCCGGCAGGACAACAGCGAGGAGCUCUGGCUUCUACACGCCAACAUCGACUCCAUAGAGAAGCGGUUUGUGGGCACAUCUGGAACCAUCACCAUUAAAAGUAAGGACCUGCGGAUAAUCCAGCUGGAAAUCAGUGGAAUGGAGGAGUGCCUGAACAUCGCAAGCUCCAUUGAGGCCCUGUCUACCCUGGAUUCCGUCACUCUGAUGUACCCCUUCUUCUACCGGCCCAUGUUUGAGGUAACAGAGAAUGGGUGGAGCCUGUUUCUCCCUGAGCAAGAAUUUGAGCAACUGGCCCUAGAGACAGACGACUGGAGGCUGAGCUCAGUGAAUCGGGACUACUCCGUGUGCUUGUCGUACCCUCAGCUUGUCACCGUACCCAAAUCAAUAGAUGACGACUCUCUUCGGAAAGUUGCUGCGUUCCGGCACGCCGGCCGGUUUCCCGUGCUUAGCUAUUACCAUAAGAAGAAUGGCAUGGUAAUGAUGCGCAGCAGCCAACCACUAACCGGUACCAACGGGAAGCGCUGCAAGGAAGACGAGAAGCUAAUUAAUGCCACGCUAAAGCAUGGGAAACGUGGGUACAUUAUAGACACCCGCGCCCUAAACGUGGCUCAGCAGGCCAGAGCUCGGGGAGGGGGAUUCGAACAGGAGGCCCAUUAUCCACAAUGGAGGCGGAUACACAAGUCUAUUGAGAGGUUCAACAUUUUGCAGGAGAGUUUGAUUAAGCUGGUGGAGGCCUGUAAUGAUCAGUCUCACAACAUGGAUCGCUGGCUGAGCAAACUGGAGGCCUCCAACUGGUUGACUCACAUCAAGGAGAUAUUAACCACUGCCUGCCUUGCUGCCCAGUGCAUUGAUAGAGAAGGAGCGUCUGUGUUGGUUCAUGGUUCUGAGGGGAUGGACUCCACCCUACAAGUGACCUCUCUGGCACAAAUCAUCCUGGACCCGAGGUGCAGAACUAUCCGUGGCUUUGAGUCUCUGGUUGAGCGAGAGUGGCUCCAGGGAGGUCACCCUUUCCAGCAGCGCUGCGCACAGUCUGCCUACUCCAACAGCAAACAGAAGUGGGAGGCUCCGACCUUCCUGCUCUUCCUGGACUGUGUGUGGCAGAUCCUGCGCCAGUUCCCCUGCUCUUUCCAGUUCAACGAGCGCCUUCUCAUCACCCUCUAUGAACAUGCCUACGCCUCCCAGUUUGGCACCUUCCUGGGCAACAACGACUAUGAAAGGAAUAAAUUGAAGCUGUCGCAGAAAACUCUGUCCCUCUGGUCGUGGGUGAACCAACCAUCUGAGAUCAACAAAUUCCUCAAUCCUCUCUAUGAAGCAAAUGGGCUGGUGAUCUGGCCCUCGGUGGCACCUCAGAGCCUACAGCUGUGGGAAGGUGUUUUCCUGCGUUGGAACAGAUCAUCCAAGUACCUAGAAGAAGCCUAUGAAGAGAUGGCUCACAUUAUCGAGUACAACAAGGAGCUGCAAGUGAAAGUGAAUGCUCUCCGGAGGCAGCUUGCCGAACUGGAGACAGAGGAUGGGGUGCUGGAGACUCCCUAAUGGGAAUGCUGGCAAAAUCUCUGGCUUCACUCAAGGGCACAGUAAUGCUUACAUGACUCCACAGUAACAAACUCACCCCAAACCAACCAAUCCUUUUUAAACCACUUUAUUUCUUAAAGGGACACUAUCACCUUAUAUUAACUUUGUAUAUUAAGUCUUGUUAUGCCAGCAAGGUUGCAGUUGCUCUUUAUUCUCUCUCUUCAUUCUACUUUCCCCCCUGCCUGGGACUGUGGGACUUUAACAACCAAAUAAUGGGUUACAUUCCAAAUUAGAGGGCAGGAACAGAAAGUUUGAAGAAAUAACAAAAUGAAGACCAACUGCAACUUAUGUAAUCAUGCCACUGUUUACAGUUUACAGGUUUAUUUUCGCAUAGAGAGAAAUGUAUAGUAGUGGGGAGUUAAUUGUGUGCAUAAAAAUCCUUUUCUGCCUAUUUGCAGUGUUAGGAAUGCUAUACUGAACUUCUAGGCUGUAUAGAGUUAUCUAUAUCUAGAUAGAAUAUCCCCAUACAAUAUAUUUAAUGGGUAAAAAACCAUUAAUGGAGAAGGAAUCAGUAUGGCAGCACCCACCCAAAUAUAAAUGCAAAUAAGCAGAGCAGGGGCAUUCUUUGCACACAGUAUGUUCUCCUCUCUUACUGUACUGUAGUUACUACUUAUCAAUAAUGUAAGUAACUGCCCUAUUACAUGGCUGGCUGUGAUAGGAUAAAACAGAUAUAUUGACCAAUCCGAGGCUUCCUGCUUGUAGAGCUGAGCACCAAUGGCAGUGCUGUGACGGGAAGCCUCAGUGGAAGCUAUUGGAUAUUUGAGAUUUCCGGCAAGUUUAGGGGAAGCUUUGCACAUAUCAGGGUCUUUAAGCAUUACUGUGCCCCCCAACCCUGCCAUACACAGUCAGUGUGUAACAUACAGGGAGGGGACACGUUUACACACACACGUGACGCAUGCACUACAUACUCCUUUGGUGCCAUCAGUGUGAUCCUAUUAGAUACCUGUGCUGCAAAUCCAAUGGCAGCCAACAGGUGUAGAUAAGAAAUCCCUGCCUAUAUAAGCCCUAUAGAAUCAGUUUAAUCCAUUUCCUUGGUGUUUGAUUAUUUAGGUCUAGUUUGCCUUGUGCAGUGAUCGUCAGUCUGUGGCUCCCCAGAACUACAACUCUCAGUAGGAGAGCCACGGGUUACAUAGCCCUAGGGGCCUGUUUAUAAAAACUGCAGUCCAGAAUAAACCCUGGAAAAACAGAUGGAGAAAUUGUUGUUAAAUAUUUUCCUGCAUUUACAUUUCCUUGCAGUUUUAGAAAUAGGCCCCUGGGACAUGUAUAUGUUGUUCUGGGGUUCGGCCACCAGAUGGCAAUGUUACAUAAUGAACACUUGAAUUUGCCUCUGAAACCCCCUACCUCUCCCUCAGACACUCCUACAGGCUCCCAAAUUGCACAUUUUGCACAACACCCAAAUGAUCUAAUUGCCUGCACUUCGUUGUACCUGUGUUUGUCUUUUCUUUUCUCGUAUAUGUGAUUGUAAUUAAUAGAUUAUUUGUGAAUGCUUAAACUAACCUUAGGGGAUGUCACACUUCUGACCUGCCAAACUGCAGUUUCCGACGGCUGGCUGAGCAUGCUGGGAGCUGUGGUCCUCGGCAGCAGCAGUAGAGGUGAUGUUAUGUUCUAUCUCUAUCCGUGUAUUAAAUAUCAAAGGGAAAGCUAAUGUAUUUGUGACUGAGAAUGUUUGUACAGUAAUGAAGUAGACUUCAAUCUG